AUGCAACCGGAACAGAGCUCAACUCUACUCCUAGCACUCAGGCUUUCUUGUGUUCAUGGGCGUAAUUGUCCGUGUCUUCCUCCUAAGCGCAAAACGGCGCCUCGGCCCGAGACUGGACAGGCUGAAAUGGCUUUUCCCUUUGGUGGUGUUGUCCGCCAAAACAUUGUCGACAUCCCCAAGGGACUAUUUCAAGAGUCAAACGCGGUCUCCUUCAAUGUUCAGAUCCUCAACAGCGCCACUUUCACUGCAAUCACUGGUCGCGAUCCGCCUUCCACUCCAGUCUCAGCAGCAGUCUACCAAGAGCUUGGUCUCCCGUUCUAUGAUCUCUACGAAGAACCCAGCCGCGUCUCUGGUGUAUUUUCUGGUCUGAAAUCCAUCGCUCAGAUUGAGGGUACUCCCAAGAAAGCAUUGGACAACCUCUCCCUCAUUGAAGCUGAGACUAGAGAACCGGCGAAUAAAUAUAAAAAUGGCAAAGGCAAAACUGGCGACAAUCCAGCUCAUACUACGGCUCAGAAGACGCAUGGCGAUACCAGUGAUCCGAAAAUGGGAAGCAUUGGGCUUCUUGACCCUCGAGCUCCUGAUUUGGAGGUUCGAUUUGCUUGGGACGUGGAGGCAGAGACUGAUACAGAGAUUUGA